CCUCACAGACUGCCACAGAUCCUGACUGAAGACGUAUCUUGACUCUUCUCUCCCUCAGGAUUUCAGGCUGUAUCAAUGGAGUCUCUCUCAGCGUCAACCAACAGCUUCACUCUGGACCUUUACAGAAAGCUGAAUGAAACUUCCAAAGGCCAAAACAUUUUCUUCUCUCCUUGGAGUAUUGCAACUGCUCUUGCCAUGGUCUACCUGGGUGCAAAAGGUGACACUGCAACCCAGAUGGCUGAGGUUCUCCAUUUUAAACCACUGCCAGGAGAAGAAGGUACAUCUGAGACAACAAGGCCUUCUCUGCGGCAACCAAAGAAAAGAAAGAUGGAUCCUAAGCACAAGCCUGAAAACAUCCACUCUGGCUUCAAAAAGCUACUGUCUGACAUUGACAAACCCAGAAGCACCAACACGUUGAAGAGUGCCAGCCAAACUGUAUGAGAAAAGACCUUCCCAUUGGCUUAACCUAAAUUCUUACAGCUCAUUUCAAGCUACUACAAAGCAAAGCCACAAGCUGUAAACUUUAAGACAGCUGCAGAACAAACCAGAGCACUGAUCAAUUCAUGGGUUAAAAAAAAAACAGAGGGGAAAAUCCAGGAUCUGCUGCCUGCAGGAUCUCUCAAUUCUCACACUGUAUUUGUCUUAGUAAAUGCCAUUUAUUUCAAAGGAAACUGGGAGAAGAAAUUUCUGGAAAAAAAUACUUUUGAGGUGCCCUUCCGACUGAGCAAGACCAAGACUAAACCAGUACAGAUGAUGUUUCUGAGAGAUACAUUUUUGAUACUGCAUGAAACAACCAUGAAAUUCAAAAUCAUUGAACUGCCAUAUGUAGAAAAUGACCUCAGCAUGUUCAUUCUCCUACCAGAUGACAUCAGUGAUAACACUACUGGUCUGGAGCUGGUUGAAAGAGAGAUGACUUAUGAGAAAUUGGCUGAAUGGACCGAAUCAGACAGCAUGAUGAAAGCUGAAGUGCAACUGUACCUGCCCAAGUGGAAGCUGGAGGAGAAUUAUGACCUGCAAUCCUCUUUGAGCAGCAUGGGGAUACAAAAUGCUUUUGACCCUGUUCAGGCUGAUUUCACUGGGAUGUCAGCUAAGAAGAAGCUUUUCAUCUCAAAAGUUAUUCACAAAGCUUUUGUGGAGGUCAAUGAAGAAGGUACUGAGGCAGCUGCUGCCACAGGUGUCCUGAUGCUGAGGUCAAAAGUACCAACAAUGACUUUUAAAGCUGACCACCCUUUCCUCUUCUUCAUCAAACACAACAAAUCACAAACCAUCCUCUUCUUUGGCAGGUUCUGCUCACCCUACACCCUGAUUAUGUCCUUGCAUUCUCUGCCACAAGGGGGAGACAGAGCUGGAAAAUCACCGUCUGUGGUGACCCGAGGCCAGCGGAGGUAUGAAGGGUUGGUGGGAAAGCCUCAGAUACUCGUACUACGGUGGUGGGCGGCGGCCAUUUUGUGCGGGGGCUACGGCGCAUCCCCGUGCCGAAACCCAAAUGGCCGUUGGCCGAGGGCUGAAGUCCGGGGCGCGGCUGAGGAGGGGCCGAGCUCCCGCCCCGUCCCUCAGCCCGGGCAUGCGGCAGUGCUUCCGGGGAAAGGGAAGGGCCCUGGGAGGACCGGGACCGCGGCGCCCGGCUGGACCAUGGAUAGUGUCUGUGCAGCAAAUACCACUUUUGCACUCGACCUUUUAAGAAAGCUGUGUGAGAACAAAAGCAAGCAGAAUGUAUUCUUUUCUCCCUUUAGUAUUUCUUCUGCUUUGUCCAUGAUUUUGCUGGGUUCAAAAGGUAACACCAAAGCCCAGAUAGCAAAGGUGCUUUCUCUGAAGAAAGCUGAAGAUGCUCACAAUGAGUAUCCAUCACUUCUCUCUGAAAUUAAUGCUCAAAAUACCCAAUAUAUACUGAGGACUGCUAACCGCCUUUAUGGAGAAAAGACAUUUGAGUUUCUUUCUUCAUUUAUAGAGUCGAGUCAGAAGAUCUACCAGGCCGGACUAGAACAGACUGACUUCAUCAAUGCUCCAGAGGAUUCCAGAAAACAAAUCAAUGGCUGGGUAGAGGAAAGAACUGAAGGUAAAAUUCAGAAUCUGUUGGUGGAGGGGAUUAUCAAUUCUCUGACCAGACUUGUGUUGGUGAAUGCCAUCUAUUUCAAGGGCAAGUGGGAAAACCACUUUGACAAAGAGAGAACAACAGAAAGGCCUUUUAAAAUCAACAAGAAAGAAACCAAACCUGUGCAGAUGAUGUUCAAGAAGGAUAAAUUCAACAUGACCUAUAUUGGGGACUUCCAGACAAAAAUCCUUGAGCUCCCUUAUGUUGGUAAUGAACUCAGCAUGAUCAUCUUGCUCCCUGAUGCAAUCCAGGAUGAUUCCACGGGCUUGGAAAGUCUGCAAAGAGAACUGACAUAUGACAAGCUGAUGGAUUGGAUCAAUCCUGAAAUGAUGGACCUUACAGAGGUGAAGGUGUCUUUACCCAGAUUUAAACUAGAAGAAAACUAUGAUUUGAAACCCCUCCUGAGCAGCAUGGGAAUGCCUGAUGCUUUUGACUCUCAGAAGGCCGACUUCUCAGGAAUGUCAGCUGGCAAUGAGCUGUGGCUCUCUGAAGUAGUUCACAAGUCCUUUGUGGAAGUCAAUGAAGAAGGCACUGAAGCAGCAGCUGCCACAGCAGCAGUGAUGAUGUUGCGCUGUGCAAUGAUUGUUCCAGAGUUCACUGCUGAUCAUCCCUUCCUCUUCUUCAUCCGGCACAACAAAACUUCCAGCAUUGUGUUCUGUGGCAGGUACUGCUCUCCCUGA